AUGAGUCUUCCUGACAUGGAAAUCGCUGCUAUUGUGGAGACUUGUAACAGCUGCAGUUUCUUACUCCUAGGAAGUAGAAAGUCAUCCCUCAGCACAAUGAAUACCAAUGGUGAAGAAAACUCAUCCAGUAUUACAGAAAUAGAAGAUAAAAAAGAGACAACAGAAUCAGUAAACUCAGAAGAUAAUGCAGAUGGCACACAGAAUGUGCUGGCUAAGGAAAGUUCAUUGUUUUGUCCGCUCUCAAAAUUGUUUCUUUCUGCUGACGCUUUGAUAAAGGAAAAUGAAAAAUCCCAUAACUUAAAAAAGCAUGAGAUUUCCAUUACAGAAGCAAAGAACUAUCUUCUUCGAGUCUUAAACAUCAUAUCACUAGAAACACUGGGUCAAGAAGAACCACUAGAGCCUACUCAGCCUGUUGUCUUAAAGAGCAAGAGUACUAUUUGUGACCCAAUAGGAAUGAUGAAAAUCCUACGCCAUAACUUAUUAUCAGCACCCACAUCAAGUGACAAGAGUGAAAAGAGCCCAAUGCCCCUCAAAGCAUUUGCCCCCCUUGACAAAUUCCCCUCUCCAAUGCACAUUUUUCCUUAUGAGUUGCUUGCCCAACAUUGUCUUCCUUUCUUGGUACCUUUCAUAGUAAGAGAUGAUAUUAGGAAGAAGAAGAUUUUGUGCAGGAUAGUCCUUUUCAAUAUUGUCCCUCCCAAAGGAAAAGUCUUCAGACCACAAGGAAAAAGACAAAAACAUUUUGAAAAAUUGCGCCAUCCAGAAAAACAAUUUAUGGAUCUGAAAGACCUCCAGCGGAAAUAUUAUAAGGGCUUGUUGAAAUGGAAAAAGAAACCCCUGCCUACGUUCAAGGAAAUAAUUCCUAUUAUUGAAAAGACAUAUGUACCUGAAAUGCUCUCGAUGGAUUAUAAAGUCAAUCAGAAGUAAUAAUCCAAAUGUACCAUAAAAAGUGGGUUGUUUGUGUUAAGUAAAACCUUCCAUUAAAUAAAAUGGUGCACAUC